UCGUCAGUGAUUAUGAUCGAGAAUUUCGACCUCCUUUGGGCCCAGGGUCAUCGUCCAGGAGCCGCGGAAGCUCUCUGGAUCAGAACCCUGCAGCUGAAUUGGAGCCUCACACAAUGGUAUUGCUUCUGCUGCGUCUACCUUGCGCUUGCUUGCACCAGUGCGGCGCGGAAGAUUGCCGAGCAGAGUCGCGACAGAGAGCGGAAUCUACGCUGCUAUCGCUCGCCUUGAUUUACGACAGGAAGGGGGCACUAUGUCGUGAGCGCUUGAGCUCCGAGUCGUGUGUACCGCAGAUACUUAGCGAUGACGACCUGGACGAUGGAGCCAUCCCGUGUUACACAUCCCUCGUUGGGCACACCCGUGUCCGCAAGUAAGGGCAAAGCGCGAGAUGAUCAGCCAGCUCCUGCGGGUAUGUUACAUACCUCUACUUACUGGAGUCGCUUGGUAU